AAUUCCCUUUUUAGAAUAACUUACAUUCUUCUAUCUUCCAAAAGUUUCUGAGUUUUAAAUUCUUUUUUGUUUUUGAUUUGAUCGAGAAACAAGUGUAAGGUUUUGAAGGGAAGAAAGAACACAGUUGGCUAUGUCUCUUAGUAAAGACCUUAUAUUCUUAAUAUUGCAAUUCUGCAAUGAGGAGAACCUCACGAAAACUGCUCACAUGUUAGGGCAGGAGACAGGAUUUUUCCUUGACAUGGUACAUCUUGAAGCUCUCGUGCUCGGUGGCAAUUGGGACGAGGUUGAGAAUUAUCUUUCAGGUUUCACUGGUGUCACUGAAAACAAAUAUUCUUUAAAAAUGUAUUUUGAGGUUAGGAAACAAAAGUUCCUUGAGGCACUCGACAGGCAAGAUCGUAAAACUGCUCUAGAUAUCCUUCUGAAAGAUCUUAAAGUGUUUUCUGAGUCAAAUAAAGAGCUUUAUAGAGAGAUGACUCAGCUUCUUACAUUGGAUGACUUCAGAGAAUAUUCAACACUUGCUUUUUAUGGAGACAUAAUAUCUGCUAGAAAACGCAUGAUGAAGGAACUUAAGGCUGUCAUUGAAUCAAAUCCCCAGUUUCAGGGAAGAGUCAACUUUCCAGAAUUAAACAAGUCAAGAUUGCGCCGUCUGAUUAAUCAAAGCUUGAACUGGCAGCAUAUUCAUUGUGCAAAUCCUCAGCCAGAACCAGAGAUCAAAACACUCUUCACAGAUCAUGAGUGUCCCAUACCUGAAGAUCAAUCGGUUAUGCAAAUGCCAAGGCCUAGCAAAACAAUAUCGGCUGCAAAACCAGACUAUCCACAAAUAUUUUCUAAUUCUUCCAUUGUAACUGAUGACAUAGUUUCUGCUUCUACUUUAAAGGCUGUUCAGGAUUCUUGUAAUUUAUAUGACGUAAGCUCUACAAGGGAUAUGAAUGAGAAAGUGUUAUCCACAACUGCUCUUUGUCAAGACCAGGAUGCAUCGUCUAACCUCUCUGAUGACUUUCCCAUGGCCGUUGAAUGUGUUUUAACCAUUGGAAAUCCUCCAACGACCAGCAAUUCUCCAACAAUCAGCAAUUAUCCAACAGUCAACUUUUCUCCAACCACAAUGGAUUUUCACCCUGUUCAACAGACUCUUCUAAUAGUUGGAGACGGUGGUGGAGGCGUAGAGCUGUGGGAUGUUAGUUCCGGAAAAAAGUUGUUAAGAAGAAAGUUAAUGAUCUGGGAAGUGCAGGGUUUUUCACCUGCAUUUCUGAAAAGUAUGGGUGAAGAUUCAAGUAUCUCAGUCAAUCGAGUCCUAUGGAGCUCUGAUGGCUCUCUCUUUGGAGUUGCAUCCUCUAAAAGCAUUGUUCAAUUAUAUCAUUAUCAUAAUAAUAACAAUCAUGUUGGAAACCAUCUGGAGAUUGAGGCUCAUUCUGGCAGUGUAAAUGAUCUUGCAUUUUCUAAGCCAAAUAACCAACUUCUUGUCAUAACGUGUGGAGAGGACAAGCUGGUCAAGGUCUGGAAUACUGACAAUGGUGCUAGACAAUAUACUUUUGAAGGUCAUGGAGCCCCUGUUUACUCUCUUUGCGCUCAUGAGAAGGAAGAUAUUCCUUUUCUAUUUUCAACAUCAAUUAAUGGUGAAAUAAAAGCAUGGGUAUAUGAAAACUCGGGACCAAGGGUUUCUUAUGAGGCUCCUGGUCAUUGUUGCAUGAGAAUGCUUUACAGUGCUAAUGGUAAAAGGCUUUUUUCAUGUGGGACUAAUAAAAAUGGAGACUCAUACAUGGUGGAAUGGAAUGAAAAUGAAGGUUUCAUAGAAAGGAACUACCUCGGACUUGGCAGAUGUUCUUCGGGUGUUGUGGAAUUUGAUAUCAGCAGCAAUAACUAUGUGGCUGCUGGAGAUUCCCAUGUAAUCAAAGUUUGGAAUGUAAAUGAUGUUCAACUCUUGACAGUUGUCGAUGCUGGUGGAGACCUUCCUGAAAAUCCAUAUGUUCGUUUCAACAAGAAUGGCACUCUAUUGGCUGUCUUUGUGGAUCAUAACAGGAUCAAAAUCUUGGCAAAUGAUUGUGGCUGCAUUUUGCUUCAAACUUCAUUGGAUGCCUCUAGAUAUCUAUCUACAAGAAAGCUUGCAGGCUAUUCCCUAAGUGGUCCUGCUAAUAGUACCUCAACUGAUGACAUUGUCCCUCUGGAAAAGAUAGCAGAUAACCUUGCAAGUAUGGAGCAUCAAAAGAUAUUAGGGAACCACAGCAUCUCUAAGGUCAUCCAAAUUUCACGAUGUCAAUUCUUGAGGCUCCCCUCGGAAGUGAAGACAAAUAGGGUGUGGAGGUUGAUGUAUACACAUGCAGGAAAUAUGCUUGUGGCCUUAGUUGCAGAUGGUAUUCAUCUACUCUGGAAAUGGUCGAAAAUUGAUUCUAAUUUGACUGGCCAGACAACACCAAAAUGCACUCCUCAGCUGUGGCAACCACGGAGUGGGCAGAGUGGGGUGUUUUUGACCAACGGUCUGCCCAGCAGUGAUGCAGGAGCAGUUUCACCUUGCAUAGCUUUAACCAAGAAUGAUUUUUAUGCACUUUCGGCAUCCGGAGGAGCGGUUUCUAUAUUCAAUAUUCUCGUGUUUAAGAGAAUGAAAAGUAUCAUGCCUCCUACACCUGCAGCUACAUGUAUUGCUUGCCACCCGUCUGAUAACAAUGUGAUUGUUGUAGGGAUGGAUGACUCGACAAUCAUUGUCUACAAUGUCCGUUUGGAGGAGAUCUUUUUCAUUUUGAUUUUGCAGGUCAUAAGCAGGCUUAAGGGACACUCUAAAAGGAUUACUGGACUUGCCUUCUCUAACAUACUAAAUGUGCUUGUUUCUUCAGGAGCAGACUCUCAGAUAGUGGUGUGGAAUUCAACAAAUUGGGAGAGGGAGCAAAGUACAAUGUUGCAGAUCUCUGCUGACUGGUUACCAACAGAACUAUCAGAGACCUUUGUCGAAUUUCAGCGAGAUGAGAAAUACUUCCUUGUCGUACAUGAGACUCAAAUUGCAAUCUAUGAAACCACAAAACUAGAAUGUGUGAAGCAGUGGAUCAUCAAAAACUUCUGUGCACGAAUUUCACAUGCAACAUUGUCAUGUGAUAGUCGGUGGAUAUAUGCUAUUAUGAAAGAUGGGAUCGUUUUGAUACUCUCUGCUUCAGAUCUCUCCCCAAAAUAUGAGAUAGAUCCUUCGACUUUCCUCACUUCUGAUUUCAGUUCUCAUGUGUUCCCUCUGGUGGUUGCUGCUCAUCCUCAAAAUCCAAACCAGUUAGCUUUAGGUUUAAAUGAUGGUGGAGUAGUCGUUAUUGAACCUCCAGAGUGUGAUGGUGGAUGGCUUCUUCCACCCAAAGGCGAUGACUCUACCAAUGAACAAGUAAUAUAGCAGCAGUUGAGUCCAUUCAUUUAGAAAUUUGUCAUCACUUGGAGCUGCUUCUCGCUAUUGGCAAAAUAUCUCUUUAUUUAUUUAUUUAUUUAUUUUCAUACUGACUAUAAAUGUAAAAUUAUUUAUAUACUCUUUUAUAUUGUUUAUGUUCAUGAAAGGCUUCAUUCACUAUUA